GAGAGAAAUAUAGAAUUGAAGUUGAAGGCACCUGAAGAACAAAAAGUUGAUGCCACCAGAAAAUAGUUAAGCUAAUAAUUUGCCACAAUUUGCAUGCAUACGAACAUUCUCACUGAUCGCGACUCCAGCUUCGGAUCUUCCGCCACUUCCCUUCCCAAUCUCUUCGCACCAACGCUACAUCCUUCUUCAGACGAUAUUGUUUUUUUUUUAGUGGCGCAAUGAAUUUUUUGAUGCGGUCUACAAGUGGCAUGUAUGGACCUGUUCCUGCUCCGGAGCCUCGUUCUGAUACGCAUCAAAGGUCUGUAUCUGCUGGAUCUUCUUUGGAGACUCUUGUGAUUAAUGAUCCGUAUGCACGCUCUGAUGCCAAGGUGGAUUUUGGCGUCAUUAAUAAGCACUCCGAUGUUGACGAGGAAGAAGGAUGGAUUACCAUUCCAUGCAAGGAACUUCCAGAAAACUGGACUUGUACACCAGAUAUACUGUCUCUGCGCUCUCUUGAUCGUUCCUUUCUUUUCCCUGGUGAACAAGUUCAUAUAUUGGCAUGCUUGUCUGCAUGUAAGCAGGAUACGUCAUCGUUCAAAAUUGCUGCAGCGAUAAGUGAGAAUGGCACUGGCCACAACCCCAUGAAAGAAAAUGGAAACACUGAAAACAGAAAUAAUACAGUGUCUGGUGAAGGGGAACUGAGUACCGGUGGUGAAGAGCAGCGGGAUGAUGUUUCUGAUGUUGAAAACCUUCUUCAAAAAGAGGGUCUCAAAAGACAAACUUCAAUAUUGUUGCAAAAGUUAGAAAAUUCUCACUUCUUUGUGAGGAUUUCCGAGUCAGAUGAUCCCCUUUGGUCCAAAAGAAGCUCUACAGAAAAUCCUCCCAACACUUGUAAUGCAAAUAAUGAAAAGGGAUCAAAAAUGACAUCCGAAGGGUCCACAUUGUCUUCUUUUUGUGCUGUUAUUGAUAGAGGAAAUUUUGAUUCAAAUGUUCCUGGUGGAGUGGCGAGAAAUUCGGUGAAGUGCUGUGCUUUACCUAAUGGAGACAUAGUGGUUAUUUUACAGGUGAAUGUUGCUGUUAAUUUUCUUAGAGAUCCUUGUAUAGAAAUUCUUCAAUUUGAAAAACUUCAGGAGAGAAUGUCAUCUCCUGACAGCAGGUUGAAUGCACUUUAUACAGAUCAGGAUUCAUGUGUAGACCUGUUAAAUUGGAUACUUCCUUUGGAUAACGGGAAGCCUUCUACUUGUCCACCAUCUCCUCAUUUAACUUCAACUUCAGGAAUCGGUAACUCGUCUCAGAGGUCCAAUAUGUCAGGAUCAUCUAGCUCUCAAUUAUUCUCCUUUAGCAAUUUUAGAAGUUACUCCAUGUCAUCAUUGCCGCAACCUGUGAAUGCUCCAGCAGCUCCUGUUAAAGCAGCUAGUUCCAAGCCAAGUUUUGACAUUGAGGAGUGGGAUCAAAUCUCAUCUCAGAAAUAUUUAUGGAAGAAAAUGGGGGUUGAAGGACUUCUAUCUUUUCGAGGUGUUUCAUUGGAACGAGAUAGAUUUUAUGUUUGUUGUGGAUUAGAAGGCCUAUAUACACCAGGAAGAAGGUGGAGAAGGAAACUUGAAAUAAUACAACCAUUAGACAUUCAUUCUUUUGCUGCUGAUGUCAAUUCGGAUGAUCUUCUUUGCGUUCAGAUAAAGAAUGUUGCUCCUACACAUGCUGCAGAUAUUGUGAUAUUUAUAGAUACCAUUACUCUUGUUUUUGAGGAACUAGCACAAAAUGGAUCACUGUCAUCGUUGCCGAUUUCAUGUAUUGAAGCUGGAAAUGAUCAUUCUUUACCAAAUCUAGUGCUCAGGAGAGGUGAAGAGCAUUCUUUUAUUCUUAGACCAGCAACUUCUACAUGGAAUGCUCUCGAGAUUCAGAAUGAUAGAAGUUCUCACUUGUCAAAGUUGCAGCUUAGAAAUAAAACAUCAAAAAUAAGUCUCAACAGACGAAAGACUGCUUUAAUUAAUGACCGGUAUUCAAUUUUGGUGUCAUGUCGAUGCAAUUAUACAGCGUCAAGAUUGUUCUUUAAGCAACCAACCAAUUGGCGACCACGUGGCUCAAGGGAUAUUAUGAUCUCUAUUGUUGCAGAUACGUCAAGACAGUCUCCUUCUGCUUGUGAGAAAACUUGCCAACCUCCCGUACAGAUCUUAACUCUUCAAGCUUCAAAUUUGACCUCUGAGGAUCUAACUUUGACAGUGGUCGCUCCAGCCUCAUUUACUUCAACAGCCUUCUUGAAUUCACUGACGAAUCCAAGAAGUCCUUUUAUAGGUUUCUUAGACUUUUCAGGAAGAGUAAAUGAUGAUAGGGGAAUUGGUGCCACCCAGGGACAAAGUUUUACUUCUGUUGUAAAAGAUAAUGAGAAACAAAGUUAUGAUGACAAUGCUCAGGUUGCUUCUACGAGUGAUGAAGUCAUUCCUAGUGCCAAUCCUAGUUGUACACAUCUAUGGUUUCAUAGUAGAGUUCCACUUGGAUGUGUUCCUUCUCGAUCCAAUGCCACUAUCAAGCUUCAACUACUUCCAUUGACUGAUGGCAUAAUUGUUUUGGACACUUUGCAAAUUGAUGUCGAGGAGAAAGCACUCAUCUCUAUUUAUAAGCCAAACAGGAUGGGAUUGGAGAAAACUGAACCUUGGACUGUAAAGAGGAGAUAAGUUGGGUGGCAGUGGCGAGUGGGCAGAAGUAGAUAGUAGCAUGUAACUUUACAAGUCGGGAACUGGAGGUGUGUGUAGUGGGGAUGGAAGGCAGUGUGACAUCAGGGACAAGCCAAUCUAGAGAUAACAGCACUGUUGGUGUUACCUAUAUUCCUGAGCGCUCAUUAAAGAUAUUUGCAACUUCCAGUGUUUCCUAGGGAAUUAUGUACAUUGGACAUAUAGCUGGUUGCAUUUUACUCGGGUGCAGUAGAAACAAAAAUGGAUGAUUUGCAUACUGAAUUUUGCAAAGUACUCUGAAUAGCACAAAAUGGGUAAUUUGCUUGGACUUCAAAUUGAUCUUUCGAUUUACUUUCAAUAGCACAGAUGUCCUUCUGUUAGUUGAAAAUUGGGAUGAAGUUGGGAAGUUUAUGUUAAAUAUGGUUACACUUUUGUGUUGUAGACCAACGAGCUUAAAUAGAAGCUUGUUACACAUCUCUUGAAGGGGAAGAAUGUAAUCUCUAUUCCUAUCAUCUAAGUCGCACGUACACUUUGUCUUGAAGGAGGGAAAGAGAAAGAAAGAGCGUUUGGUUCUUUAAAUUUCAUUUCGUGUAAAUUUUCUCCUUAUUUGAUAUGUUUUUUACCUGAAAGAUUAUCAUGCCAACUUCCAAUUAUUAAUGCUUAUCAUGGAACUGAAGUAGGCUCGAACAAUGAUGAUGAGUCUGUGAUUUGAAAAUUCCUUUUUUCUUGUUUCUAAGCUGAAAGAAACUCGAGCUGCAGGAUAACCCCACAUAUAUCCUUCCCAUCAGAAGGAUUUGGAACAUACAAAAGUUCCAAGACUUGCUACUAUUGGGAGUUAUGGUACCAGAAAAAAAUACAAAGAUUUUAAUUCAGUUCACAAUGUAGAAUAUUCCUUUCGAUUCUCAACUAGUCAAG